CAAGUGGAGGGGGAGGGGGGGAGACGCAUUAUUGCAGCUGAAACACUUUGCACGAACCAAAGUAGCGCACUUUCCUCCCAGAAGCGCAGAAAGCAGCCAGAAGAGGAGGAACGGGAAGGAGCGACACAGAUCUCCUCCUGCACCGCACUACUUUUUCUCUCCGCCUCAUCCUUUUGAAUAUAUUUUUAUAUAAAUCGCAAGAUUUUGUUUUAGCAGCUUUAGGAACCCCAGCAGCCAAUCAGCGCUGCGGCCCGGUCAGCAUCCAGGAGGAACCCUCAGCAUCACUUCAGAGCCGGAGGCAGGAACCAAAACAAAAAUCAACCCGGAGUCAGGAUUUAAAACUGUUUUUUUGUUUCUUUUUACCAUCAUCCACCCAGCCUCACGGACUCAGCGCACAGCCUGGAUGCUCGGACCUGUAUUGCGGUACUUUUCGGUGUAAAACGCAUCGCAGGAAGAUCCGCUCUGCGCCAAAAAGAAUCCCCCCACCCCCACCCUCCUCAAAGCUCUUCACUGAUUAAAAUAAACCCUGAUUCUACCUGGACAAGUGCCUACAGAGCUGCUUUUUCUUGAUUUUUUUUUCUUUGUUGUUUUCCUCCUGUACUUCAAACCCUCCCUCUCCUUCAUCACAGCGACCCCUCCUCCUCCUCCUCCUCCUCAGCUGCCUGUGAGUCAGUUCAAACAGCUGCAGAGAAGAUGUCUGCCCCUGAUGCUGCCCCACCAGCUGCAGCUCCAGGUGCUCCAGGUGCCCCCGGUGCAGAUGGAGCCCCAGCCGGCCCACCUGCCGGCCCACCCAACACCUCCAGUAACCGCAGGCUACAGCAGACACAGGCCCAAGUAGAGGAAGUGGUGGACAUCAUGCGGGUGAAUGUGGACAAAGUUUUGGAAAGGGACCAGAAGCUUUCAGAGCUGGAUGACAGAGCGGACGCUCUGCAGGCCGGAGCCUCCCAGUUUGAAAGCUGCGCAGCCAAGCUAAAAAAUAAGUACUGGUGGAAAAACUGCAAGAUGAUGAUCAUGAUGGGGAUCAUCGGAGUCAUUGUGGUUGGAAUAAUAUUCUUGUACUUUUUCCACUGAGCUUCGCCCAUCAUCACGGAUGGAUAUGAACUUCAGUAUAACAUUAAACGGAAGAGAAAUUAUGAAAAAAAUAAAAUAAAAAAGAAUUCCAAGCUCCACUCCUCCCUUUUAUCAGCUCCUCUCGUCACUCAUCCGACCAUCCUGCACUUAAAAUGUAGCGUUUGUAGGUGUCUCUCCGCUCUCUCUGUUCCCCUCCUCGUUGCUUUCCUUCAGCGUCCGGCUCGCUCCCUCCUGCCUCUGCACCUCAUGCAUUAUUGACGGCUGCAGCUGGCAGGCCGAAAGAGGGAGGAAGUAAAAGAAAGAGGGGAGAUAGAAAGACGUGAGGCUGAGAUGUGAGAGGAGGUUGAACAGGAGUUUGCAGAAUUUCUACUUCAGAUGCGCCCAAGCUUGUUCAUAAUGAGCUUUUUCAGAGCUCCACAUUUGUACAUUGAUACUGACAUGUCUAACUGAAACACUUGUUGUCAUCACUGCUUCAAGUCAUUACUAAGAUGUUAGAUUAAGGAUCCAGUCUUAUUGUGAUCAUCUGUUCUGUUGCUGAUAGAUUUUUACCUGGUAGAAUUUAGUUUUGUUUCUAAUAAUCUAUUUAAUUUCUGCAGCAGUGACGUGAGAUGAGGAAUGCAGAAAAGGGUCAGAAACUGUGAGGAAUUUAGAAAACAAAAAAAGUGAUUCAGGAAAAUGUAGCAGAUGCAUUACAACAGCUUAAUUCGAAAAUAAGCUAAACGAAACGAAAACUAAGUUACUACUGUAACUAAUGAGUUUUUCUGUAAAUAUGCUUAAUUUGCACCUGGGUUUUUGUACCAUAUAGGGGUGUUAAGCUURAAUGGAUAAACACACAAAGCAGCUUCUGACAGACAAUCUGCUGCACGACUGACCUGGAGGAAAGACUCCAAACUCUGGUUUAGCCAGAGUCUCAGCCAUAGACAGAUGAAUGUUUAGUGCCACAUUUCAAAUACGUCAGUGAAAUUCUGUCCAAGCGUUUGCUGUUUUGAGUUGACCAGAAAGCCGGUAAAUGAGGAUUGUAGAGAGCCAUGUGUCCACCUCGCCUCCUGCUGAUUCACAGAAACAUCCGUCACUGCAGCACGACAACAACCAGAAUGAGGUGUUCGUUUCUAACCUGCAUGGCAAACAGUMUCCAUACUCGUGUGACGCGGCGUCUAUCUGCCAUUUCUAAACCUUACUGCCGAUUGUACAUUUUGUUUUGUCAAGUGGUUAAAGGACCUGUGUAAAAACGUCUUUCUGAUCGGAUACUUACUGCUUACGCAAUGCUCACGAGUUUGCCAAAAUUUAACAGAAAUCACCUGCUUUAAAAAAAUAAAACAACCUAAUUUCCAUUUAAAGACUGCAAACAGCUGCUCUCAUAGUGAACCGUCAGAAACCAUGUAGUAUUGUUAUAAUAGAACCACAUCUGUUCACAUCUGUCAGCUCAUGCUCCUGAUUAUGUGUUUAUGUAACUUUCUUCAGGUUUGAGGGGCUUUUGGUUCUAAAUGGAGCUCAUUUCUUUUUUCUUUCUUUGGACUGAUUUUGAAAGUUGUUCAAAUAAGUGCAUUUCUGCAUAACUGUAGCGCUCAGUUUAAAUGAUCUGAUGAUAUUGUGCAGCAAUGUUAUUAGAUGAUUGUUACAUGAGAUAAGGGGAUACGUUGGGUGACCUGAAAAUAAUGAUGCAACUGAAAACAUUUGCAUGUUUACCACUUUUGCUGAUGCUAAUAAAGAAGUUAUGAACCAAA